AUGGCAUCCUCUUUACACAACUACGUUCUUGUUAUUUUAACUUUGGCCAUAAUCCAAUUUAAGGCAACUUCUGGUUCCCAUCAUCACCACAGACACCUCAAAUCCCUUCACUUCUCGCUGUUUCAACAUGAAACUAUAAACAAAACAGGGUAUAUCAUAGUGAAUGGUGUAGAAGGUGGAGCAGGAAUCACUGAAACCACAACCCCUUUUGGUACCUUAUUUGUGUUUCAGGAUCCUUUGACUGUCACAGCAAAUAGAUCCUCCAAACUAGUUGGAAUUGCUGAAGGGACUUCCAUAACCUCUAGCCUUGAUGGGCUUCGAAGCAUUUCAAUUGCCAAGAUAACUCUACGUUUGAAAAACCACAAGGGCUCUGUUUCCAUUGUUGGUGGGACAAAUAAUGUGAAGGCUUCGGAUCAUCCAGUGGUAGGAGGCACUGAAGAUUUCAUGUUUGUGCAAGGCUAUGUUACCUCUUCUCCAGUUGAUCUUAAGGGUCUUACUGUUGUUUAUAAGAUCGAGUUUCAUCUUUAUUGGCCUCCAUAUGCAACUCAAGCCUCAUAAAAAGGUCCUCCACACCUAAUAAUGCCCCAGUCCCAAUGGGUCUUUUUUUUAAUAAACUGUAGAUGUUAUUGUCUUGGUGUAAAUUCUUCUUAGAUAGUAGUCAGUAAUUUAUAUUGUGUUGCUAAGAUGCUGAUUCAUGUUGUUCAGCUUUCAUUUGAUUGUCUGUUUGUGCCAUUAUUAUUAUUAUUAUU